AGCGUGCGCCUGAUCGAUCUGUCCAUACUAUUGCCAUAUUGGAGUCACCAAUACUCUAUUCCAGUAGUUAUUUGAUCAGUGGAUCCUCUGGAACUGUUGUGGGGGGUAAAGGGUUAAACUAAUAUGAGAUUAAAUUAGUUCAAAUAGUUGGUGAAGAUUUCAAUAUUUUUUUUGCAAAAAAAGAAAAAACCCAAGUCCCCAUACAAUAUCUGAUAUAGUUAGACUUGGCUUUUUCUGUUUGUCCUAAUUUAAAUAACACGGCACAAUUGGUUUUAUUUUUCUGUUCGAGUAGAGUAUCAAUGGUAAAUCGAACAUCUUUAAUAUAUAACGUCGAAAAAUACUCAAUCAGGUUGUUUUCACUCAAUUUUUUUCAAAAAAGAAAAAACCCAAGUUCUCAUAGUAUAUCUGAAAUAUAGUUAGAGGCUAAGUUUCCCAAAGCAACUUUUUUCUAGAAAUCCAAUGACAGUCUCAGAAAUUCUUGAAAAUAUUUCUAAACUGAAAUAAGUACCUAUUUUGGUUUCGAAAAACUUGAAAUUAAUUUACAUUAAGUUAGGUACAAAAAUUUGUUCAGAUUAAUUUUUGAUUUGAAAUUAAUUACAGCAAAUGUUUUCUAAAUCAGUUUGGAUGAAUUAGUUAUUACAAAUUAAUUUAAAUUAAUUUAUGAACAAAAAUGAAUAGAAAUUAAUUUUGUUUACAGCACCGCAAAGAAAUUUGAGUGUAUAAAUUAAUUUACACUAAUUUUCAAUACCAAAUUGAUGCAUAUUAUUUUUCUUUAAACCAAUGUAAAUGGAUUUGUUGAUCGAAAUUAAUUUAAAUCAAUUUUCAAUCAAAAAUUCGUGUCGAUCGAUUUAACGGAAAAUAAUAUGCACCAAUUUGGUAUUGAAAAUUAGUGUAAAUUAAUUUAUACACUCAAAUUUCUUUGCGGUGCUGUAACAAAAUUAAUUUCUAUUAAUUUUUGCUCAUAAAUUAAUUUAAAUUAAUUUGUAAUAACAAAUUCAUUCAAAUUGAUUUAGAAAACAUUUACUGAAAUUAAUUUCAAAUCAAAAAUUAAUCUGAACGAAUUUUUGUAUCUAAAUUAAUGUAAAUAAUUACAAAAAAAAUUAAUGUAAAUUAAUUCGAAACCAAAAUAGGUACUUAUUUCAGUUCAGAAAUAUUUUCAAGAAUUUCUGAGACUGCCAUUGGCACCACAAACUUAGCCUCUAACUAUAUCAGAUAUACUAUGGGGACGUGGGUUUUUUAUCGUUUUUGAAAAAAUUAAGUGAAAACAACCUGAUUGAGUAUUUUUCGACGUUAUAUAUUAAAGAUGUUCUAUUUGCCAUUGAUACUCUACUCGAACAGAAAAAUAAAACCGAUUGUGCCGUGUUAUUUAAAUUAGGACAAACAGAAAAAGCCAGUCAGAUUACAGCAAUUUUUCGUAGGAAACAACAUAUAGUUUUGAAAGUCAUUCCAUUACAUAUAACAGAAAAAUUAUAGGUAACUAUCAAUAAUGAAAAAAUAUCAGUGCCGAACUGAAUGACAGGACGAUUAUGGACGAACAAUCAAGUGUAUCUGAAGCCAGAAAAUUUGAUAGAAAAACUGUCAAUAUAUUAUGAUCAAAGUUCGACAUGUUUUUCUUCGCUUUCCAACACUAGUCGAAAGCACUUGAUAUUUUUUUUAAGUAGUAGUGGGAAAUAAAAGCUGAAUUUUACUUUAUUCUUGCAGGUCUGGACAAAAAACAUCGCGAUUCAAAAAAUACCGCCGGUCAGUUCCUCACGGUUAUCCUUCUUCUCUUCUUUCUGAUGCUAUUCGAAGAAGUUAUGACAAUGCAUCAUCUGUUACAACUAAUCAAGCGGCACAACCGCAACUACUAGCGCCAUUAACACUUGUAUCAACAUAUAAUCCGAAUAAUUUAGAUUUAUUUCCAUUUAUUAGAUCGUUAUUACCACAGACACGUGGCUUUCAGAAUCGUUAUGAAAAUGAUUUAGAUUUUGCACAUGGAAUUCACAAAAUUAUUGCAUUAUGUUUUAUUCAUCCAGAUAAUAUUAUUGACGGGUUUGGUCGACUUAGUAUAGGAUUAUAUCCAUCGUUCCAAGAAAUACUUGAUUACUUUGAAGAUACCUAUAUCGGUCGAUUGCGCUCUAAUGGCAGCAGAGCGCGUCCUUUAUUUCCAAUUGACUUUUGGAACGUUCAUGACAGAACAAAAGCUUCAUUAAUGAAAACAAAUAAUUAA